AUGCCUUUCUCCCUAUUUUGCUUACCACUCGGGCUAUCGUCAAGGCCUUGCUUUUCACCAACUCAUGCACUUUCGCUCCCCUCUUACUCCAUACCCCCUCCCUCCCCUGUUCCGCCCCUACCGCGUCCGCCAAUCCGACUAACACCCCCCCCCCCCCCUCCCCCCUCUUCCCCUUCCCCUCUGACCCUCCCCCCUCACACCUCCCCUUCAACACUCCCGCGUCUCCGCCGGCCCCGCUUCCGCCUUCCGCAGCCGCGCGAGACCCCGCUCCCCCUGCGCCAGCGCCACCGCCUGCAGCUGCACGUGGCCAUCCCCGGCAGUCCCGAGGGGCACGAUGGGGGAGCGCAAGACGGAACCCACAGGGCGGGGGUGGCUGGUUCCGCCGCCGGCGCUAAUGCAGCGAGUGCGCGGAUAGGCGCAGGCACGGGCAUGGGGAUGGGGGGGGGCAUGGGUAUGGGAGGCGCAGGGAUAGAGACAGACAUUGGCGACCUUCCAUGGAGCAUGGGGGAUGGGAUGGGGCCAUCCUUAUCUUAUUCAGGAGCAGGCGCAGGAGCAGGGGCAGCAGGAGCAGGAGAAGCAGCAGGGGGUGAGCUGAGUCCCCCCAGCAGGGCGGUGGAUGCUCUCAUUGGGAGCUCCGUGGAGUCUUUCCUCUUUGAUGACAUGGACAGCUUCUUUGGAGCAUCGCUCAACAUUGUCACCUCCCCUCCUGUCUCCUCCGCUCCUGACAUCCUCACCCUUGAUCAGGCCUCCUCCCCUUCGUCCUCUCUCUCCUCCCCCACGCUCCCCUCCUCUCCCUCUGCUGCAACCGUCCCUGGAUCGACCACACAUGGGUCGUCCCAGUCACCGUCUCAUCCCUCCUCCACCCACCCUCCUUCAUAUCCGCCUGCUUCGGCCGCGUUCUCUGCAGCUGCUGAGUCAGGUGGUCUUGCCGCUGAGUCAGAUGGCCUAGCCGCUGAGUCAGGUGGUGCGGACGCACGGGCUUCGGCUGAUUCCCAGGGACACGUGGCGGAUCAGGGAGCAACGACAGCUGCAGCCGCAGCAACAGCAACAGCAGGAGAAGCUGCUGGGGAAGACGAAGCGGCAGGAGCAGGAGGAGCAGGAGGAGAGAGCGACCCAGCACGAACCAGCACAGGGGGCAGUGAGGGAAGGCGGCAGGGGCAAGAAGAAGCAGGGAAGAGCACAGCACCAGGGGGAUUGUCACUUCCCAACAGCAUCCACAGCGGCUCUACCAGCAAACUGGAGGCUCUGAACCGCCUGGGAGUGGGUCUCGAGGAUCUUAGACUGCUGGUGGUAGCAACAACCUCUACGCAAGCAGCCUCAGCAUCAGCAUCAUCACCAACAGCAGCAGCAGCAGCAGCAGCAGCAGCAGCAGCAGGAGGUGCAGGAACCUUUCCAGAAGAACCCGCCGUGCGCUCCCCUCGGUGGAGCUCAAUGGAUGCCCCGGCUUCGCCUCGCCUCUCCUCCUUCCUCUCCCCCCGCCGCACCUUCCGAAACGAAAUGAGGCGGCAGCGGUGGGGGAGAGACGGGAGGGACGGGAGGGAGGGGUCUGCUAGUCCUGGUUCCUCCCCUGGUGUAUCCCCUCGGGGGUUUAGGGAGGGAGUAGGGUUCAGGGGCGGGUUUAGGUCUUUGUCGGUUGGGGGGGAGGUGGGGACCGUGGGGUGGAGGUAUGCUGCUGGGAGCAGUGGGCUUAGGCAGGUGGAAGGGGGGAGGCGCGCGGAGGACGAGGAAGGGAGAGCGGAUGAAGGGGAAAAAAUGGGGGAGGAGAGGACAAGGAGGGGGGAGGACGGGGGAAAGGAAGAGGUGGACCCUUCUGCUGUUCCUCCCCAUGCUGCUUCCCCCUCUGCUGAUCCCCCCUCUGCUGAUCCUUCCCCUGCUGUUCCCUCUCCUGCUCUCCCACCCACUGCUGUGGGACCAGCCUCACCCCCCCUCCACUCUAUGGUGCCGCUACUGCAAUCCCUCCUGGCGCAACUCGACUCGACAGGCUUGUCUGGGGGAAAGGAUGAGGUGGAAGGGCAGCAGGAGGGGGUGUCGGAGGGCGUGGUGGGAGGUGGAGUGCAGUGGGAAGGAGCAGGUGGAAGAGAUGGGGAGGGUGAGGCGGGUGAACUAGGUCAACGGGUUCGGAAGAGGGACGCAGCGAGGGAACUCGAAAAGGCUCUUAGAACUUUCCUAGGUAUGAUUGGGGAGAGCGGGGGAGGGGAGGGGGUGGCGGUGGCAGGGGGGAGUGGAGGAACAGAAGGGGAGGAAAGAGAGGGCGGUGACGAGACAAGGGUGCUUGGGAGGGAGGGAAGCGCAGGGGAGUGCAGAGCCCCGGGUGAUGACUUGUCAGGUGAAAUCCGGGCAGGCGAGGGUACAGGUGAGCUAGAGAGUGGUAGGUUACUGUUGGUGAAGGGAGGAGUGUCGAUUGUGGGAGAUGUGGAAGGAGGUGCUGGGCUGGGGGCGGAGGGGAAGAGGAGAGAGGAGGGGAAGGGGAGGGAGAUGGAGGAGUGUGGAGAAGAGGAAAGUGGAAUGGAAACAAAGAGGGAGGGGGAGGAGCGGGAUGCAAGCGCGGAAAAGGAGGACAAGGAGGAAAAGGAGGAAAAAGAGGAAAAAGAGCAGAGGGAGGGCGAUUCAUCAUCAUCAGAGGAGGAGUUUUACGAGGCAGAGGAGGGAGGCGAUGCCAUGAGUAGUCUGGGCCUGGGGGAGGAGGAGGACGCUGUGGUCGACGCUUUCCUCAACUACCAGGAUGACGAUGAGGGGACCGUGGGGACCGUGGGGGCCGGGGGGGCAGAGCGGGCAGAAGGGGCAGAGGCGGGGAAAGGGGUAGAGGUUUUGGAGGGCGGAGAGGGUGGGACAUGGGCAGAGGGGGAAAAGGGGUCUAUUUAUGAGGUGGCUCGUAAAGAGGGGCCGGCACGAGGGGAGGAUGAGACGAGUGGAGCAGUGGUGGGCGUUGCUUUGGAUGAUGGGGAUGGGACGGAGGAGGGGAAGAGGCAGGGAGGAGGGGAGGAAGGAGGGGAGGGCGAGUGGAGGAGAGCUGUGGGGAAGGGAGAGGUGGUGGUGAAGAGUGGUUUGGAUGGAAGGGAGGAGCGGGAGGAGGGGGAGAGGGGAGAUGGAGGGGAGACGAGGGUGGAAGAAAAGGAGGCGAUUGUGAUAGGGUCUAGUGUGGUCGGGGUUGAUGGCAAGAUAGAAGAAGCAAUGACUGGAUCUGGUAAAGGAGUAGAGAUGGAGGGAGAUGCAGUGGCAGAGGACGAGGCAGAGGCAGGGAGAACGAGACACAGAGAGGCCGGGGCUCACACCGGCCCAGUUUCCCACUCUCCGCCAUCAGCCCACCCCUCCCCACCAUCCCACACAUCUCCGCAAUCCCACUCUUCUUCUUCCACCAACGCCCCCCACUCUCCUUCCAGCAAGUGGGGUGCGGGGGGGUCCCUUCCCCGCCCCCUCCGCUCGUCCUCCCUCACGGUCUCCUCGUCGCUCUCUCUCUCUGCUGCUGGCUCAAGACUCAUGUCCCGCGUCCGCUCUGUCACCCGGUCGAGAAGCGGUGGGGGGAGUGCGGGUAUGGGGGCGACUGGUGAAGGAGGAGGAGGAGGAGGAGGAGGAGGAGGAGGAGGAGGAGGAGGAGGAGGAGGAGGAGGAGGAGGAGGAGGAGGAGGAGGAGGAGGAGGAGGAGGAGGAGGAGGAGGGAGUGGGGAUGGGGGGGUUGGUGCAGGGUCUGGGGAGGAUGGGAGCCCAGGAGGGGUGGGAAGGGAUGAGGGGUUGGAGAGGGGUGAGGAGGGGGUUAUGGGAGAUGGUCUGAGUGGUGAAGGGGGUGGAAAGGGACUGGAUCAGGUGGAGAGCGGUGGUGGGGGGCGUGCAGUUGUAGCGGGGGUUGGAGGAGGGGCGGUGGGAGGGGGAAGAGAUGGGGAGGAGGGAGUGGAGUCGAGAGAAGGGAGAGACGGGGGGAAGACUGGGGGUGAUGACAGGAGUGACAAAGGAGGGAAAGGGCUGGAGAAAGGAGGUGAACCAAAACAAGUACAAUUACAUCAGCAGCAACUACAAGUUGGGGGGGAUACUAAGCAUGCGGACGUGGACAACUCGACUUCUCCACUGCACACCAUGGACUCGUUGGCUGCUGCUCGUCGUAGAGCUGGCUUCACGUGCUGUGUGAGGCCGCAUGUGAAGGAGUGA